AUGUACAAUACCCAACAACAAUCUUCCCCGCAACAACCAAGACUUUCAUCAAAGGUUGAAUUGCACAUUUCAUGCAGAGGAUUGAAGAAUAUGGAUUUACUUUCAAAGUCAGAUCCAAAGGUUUUAGUUUAUGCAGGAUUUCCUCCGAAUAAUCCACAAUACGCUUGGAAAUUAUUGGGCGAAACUGAAUGCAUCAAGGAUAAUUUAAAUCCAAACUUUUCAACUACUUUUACAGUUGAAUAUUGUUUUGAAGAACUUCAACACUUGAAAUUCUGUGUCUAUGAUAUUGAUAAUAAUACUGCCACAUUAUCGGAUGAUGAUUUUAUUGGAGAGACAACUACAACACUAGGUGAAAUUUGUGGAGCUAAAGGACAAAAAUUAAUUAAACAUCUCUAUGCCAAGGGUUCAAAGGUUUCAAGAGGUACCAUCAUUGUAACUGCCGAGGAAGUUAAUUCAAAUGCCACUGAUGAUGUGGAAAUUGCCUUGGCAGGUGUUACACUUCCAAAGAUGGAUUUUUUUGGAAAGGCAGAUCCAUUUUAUGUUGUACAAAAAGCAUCUGAAAGUGGUCAAUUCCUUUCAGUUUAUCAAUCUGAAACCAUCAUGAAUAAUUUAAAUCCAAUUUGGAAGCCAAUGCGAAUUUCUUGUGCCAAAUUGUGUAAUGGAGAUUAUCAUAGAAGUUUGAAAAUUUCUGUAUACGAUUGGAAUAAGCACUCUGCUCCAGAUUUUAUCGGAGAGGUUGAAACUAAUUUGGAUGCUCUUCUUAAGGCUAGUGUUUCUCUUAAACUACAAAAUCCAGCAAAGAAAAAGGGAAAUCAUGGCGAUCUUAUUGUCAAGUCCUCCAAGAUUACUAAAAAUCCAACCUUCUUGGAAUUUUUGGCAGGUGGAAUGAAAAUGAACAUGUUGGUUGCAGUUGACUUUACUGCUUCAAAUGGUCAACCAGAAUUACCUCAAUCUUUGCACUACAAUAGACAAGGACAAAUGAACCAAUACGAACAAGCUAUUAGAUCUGUUGGACAAAUUAUUUCUGACUAUGAUAGCGACAAAUUGUUCCCAUCUUUUGGUUAUGGAGGAUAUUUACCAAAUGGUAUUACAUCACACUGCUUUGCUUUGAAUGGUAAUCCACAAAAACCAGAAUGUUUUCAAGUUGACGGAAUUCUUCAAAGUUAUAGACAAGCACUGUAUACCGUAAAACUUUCAGGACCAACUCAUUUUGCUCAAAUUAUCAAAACAGCCUGUCAAUAUGCUUCUGUUCCAAUAAGUCAAUCAAACCAAGAAUAUUUUGUCUUGCUCAUUUGUACUGAUGGUAUGAUUAAUGAUAUGCAGGAAACUAUUGAUCAAAUAAUUGAAGGAUCAGGACUCCCACUUUCAAUUAUUAUUGUUGGUGUUGGUGCAGCUGAUUUCAGCUCUAUGGAAACACUGGAUGGCGAUAAUGCUGCCCUCAGAUCUGGCCGUACUGGAAGAACAGCUCUUCGUGAUAUUGUCCAAUUUGUACCAUUUAACAAAUUUGCAUCAAUGCCAUUUACUGCUCUCAGUAAGGAAGUUCUUGCUGAAAUUCCAACCCAAGUAACUCAAUUCAUGAAAAUGAAAAAUUUAAUGCCAAACCAAAGAGUAGUUAUUCAGGAAUAUGUUCCACCUGAACCAAGCACUCCAUCCACCACAACUACUCAAAUGUAUCCAAGCAAUGAUCCACCAAGAGAAAGAAGUAUGUCAGAAAGUUUCAAUCCAAAUACUUCCAAUUCCAAUCUUAAUUCCAUUCCAAACCAAGUUCCACAACAAGGUAUUCCACAACAACAAGUUCCACCAACUUAUGGAGUUCCUCCUCAACAAGGUGGUUAUCCACAACAGGGUUAUCCUCAACAACCAACUGGUCAACCUCAACAAUAUCCUCAACAACAAGGUGGUUAUCCAAUGCAACCUCAACAAUUUGGUGGAUAUCCUCAACAGCCUGUUGGUGGACAACCUCAACAAUUUGGUCAACAAGUUCCACCUCAACAAUAUGGCCAAAUCCCUCCUCAACAAUACAGUCAAGUCCCUCCACAACAAGGUUACCCACAACAAGGUGGAUAUCCACAACAGGGUUAUCCUCAACAACCAACUGGUCAACCUCAACAAUUUGGUCAACAAGUCCCUCCACAACAAUAUGGCCAAAUCCCUCCUCAACAAUACAGUCAAGUCCCUCCACAACAAGGCUAUCCUCAACAAGUCCCACGUAAUCCUCAACAACCUGAAAAUCCAACCAUCCCUCAAUACAAAAUUUAAUUUAUUGU